GUUAUUAUCGGCAUUUAGGUUGAUCAUAACACUGUAAUGGUGGAACUUGUAACAUUUUCUCUUCUUUGUGUAUUACUCUAUUAUAGAGUAACUAGAGGAGAUGACUGCAUCACAACUCAGACAGACUCCGGGGCUGUCUAUAUCAAAGAGCUGGAGGAAGCUAUUGAUGCCGCGUCGUGUAGCCUGGUACAUGCCGUUACCUACAGCGACUAUGACGUCAUUGAUGAAGAAGAGUUUGACUUUAUCGUGGUAGGAGCAGGAUCUGCCGGGUGUGUGGUGGCCAAUAGACUCUCGGAGAACCCCGACUGGAGAGUAUUGUUGCUGGAGGCCGGGGGAGAUCCUGACAUCACAAGUGAGAUUCCAGGGUUCAACGGAGCCGCUCUCAACACUAACCUCGACUGGCAUUUUCCUACAGAACCUCAACCUACCAACUGUCUAGGAAUGGUCAACAAAAGUUGUACUUUGGCUGCAGGCAAGACUAUUGGAGGGUCGAGUUCGAUAGGUGGUAUGUUAUAUAUCAGAGGUAAUCCAAGAGACUAUAACCACUGGGAUAAUUUGGGAAACUAUGGUUGGAACUAUAGGAAUAUGUUACACUACUUUAAAAAAUCUGAGGACCUUAGGUCCGUGGAAGUUUUAACUAACGAAGACGCAAGGGUGUUUCAUGGGAGAGGAGGCUAUUUAAAAAUUGAAUCGUAUAGAAACGACAUAGAAUUCUACAAACACUUGUUAUCAAGAAGUUUUAGUGAAAUAGGCCUUCAGUCCUUUACUGAUGUCAACGCUGAUAAUUAUCGUGGCUUUUUCACACUUCAGGGAACACUUAACAACUCAAGACGUUGCAGUGCUGCAAAGGCUUUUAUACACAAUUUCCAAUCAAGAUCAAACUUAAAAAUUUCCAAGAACUCAAUAGUGAUUAAAGUUUUAAUAGACGAGAAUAAAACUGCUCGUGGUGUAAUAUUUACAAAAAGAGGAAGGUAUUUCAUAGCUAAAGCAACAAAGGAAGUUAUCUUAUCGGCGGGCGCUGUUAACUCCCCAAAACUCCUUAUGCUUUCCGGUGUCGGACCUCGGAAGCACCUGGAGGAUUUAGGUAUCAAUGUAAUCGCCGAUUUGAAUGUCGGUUAUAACUUCCAAGACCAAUUACUCAUGAGAGGGUAUGUAGUGAGCUUUGACAUAGAAGUUCCACCUCGUGAUCCAGUUGAUGAGACUUUCCAGUUUUUGAUUCACGGUAGAGGAAACUUAGCUGGAAUCGGGGUACUUACCGUGAUUGGGUAUAUUAAAACUAUUCAAGCAGCCUACCCGAACAUACAAUUUUACUUCUUGUAUUUUGCUAAGAACUCAACUGAUAGUAUUAGGACAAGCUUCACCUUGCUGAAGUUCAACGACGAUGUCACGAGAGCCAUUUUGGACAUCAACUACAGAAAGUACACUAUGCUCAUAGUACCCUUUUUACUGAGACCAAAAAGCCGAGGAAGGGUUCUUCUGCGAAGCGCUGAUCCCAUGGAGUAUCCUAAAAUUUAUCCUGGAUAUCUCACUGAAGACUCUGACGUUACAGACUUGCUUGAGUCCAUCAAGUUCAUGGAUAUGCUAACGCAAACGAGAGACAUGAGAAGAUUCGGUGCCAAACUGGAGAAGAUUGAUCUUCCAGCUUGCAAUAAUUUCCCAUUCCGAUCAGAGCUCUACUGGCGGUGUAUCAUUCCCCAGCUGUCCACUCCAGCUUUUCAUCAGGCUGGCACCUGUCAUAUGGGACCUACCAAGAACGACGGAUCUGUUGUAGAUCCUUUCCUCCGCGUUCAUGACAUCACGGGGCUGAGAGUGGUUGAUGCCUCUAUCAUGCCUACCAUCACCAGUGGUAGUAUCAACGCCCCAGUCAUCGCUAUAGCGGAAAAAGCGUCUGACAUCAUUAAGCAAUAUUGGGCAUGAUUAAAAUUUCUUAAGAGAAGGCUAUGAAAAUGGGCUUUUAAAUAAACGUAUGCACUUAAUAACUCUAAUAUUAUAUUUAUUUGUAAAAAUAUUUCACUCUAUCAGGAAUAGCUACAAUGUUUAAGUACACUUUGGUCAGAAAAUUAUAUAGGAUGUUAAAUUAUUUUACUUUAUUACAUGUUUAUAUUUUACUUUAUUAAACUAUAAUACAAGUAAUCACCUAACGCUAAGUGUAGCACAUAUUGUUCAUUGGCCUAAUUACUAGUUAAUGUAUAGCAAUACAUGUACUGUAAUUUAAUUACUAGUUAAUGUAAUAUAAUUACAUCCAAAAGUAAAACUUCAUAAUCAAACGGUUUUUAUACUUGAAGGGCUCAACCCAUGUCUUUCCAGAAGGGUUCCAGAACUAUUCAUGAUUAAUGUGUUGUCUAUAAAAGUCAAUAACAAAUAUACAUUAGAACCCAAUAGUUUACUUGUUUUAAAAUCAAUUUUAAAAUUAAUAUUUUUAUUUUAAUACGUGUAUUUGGAAAUUUAAAAUUUUAACGUAGGCUUGAUAUAUUUAUUUCGAAUCGCCAAUAUACACAAUGUUAACGGCAAACUCAAAACAUGUUAUUUUCCCAACAGAGGACGGAAUGCUCCUGGCAUCUUGGCCAUGAUAAAAAGUAAAUAAUUUUAUGAACAAUUGCUUUUUACAAGAGUUUAUUUUAAAUUAUAUGUGUUUAUUUUAAUGUUAUGUGCAGCAAGCACGUUUGUAAUAUCAGAGAACAUUCUGGAAUAAUAAACAGAGUUUACGGUACAAACUGAA